AUGCCUCCUAAAAUCGCCAUGAGCGACGAUGAAGAUUCUAUUGAACUUUCUGAUAUUGGUGACAGAUCAGAAGAAUUAAGCGAUGUCCAGGUUUCUGACGACAUUGGCCUAGGCGACGAGGAGGAUGAAGAAUCAAACUCCAACGAGAUGGAGGAACUCCAAAACGACUGGUACACUCCCAAGGUUCACGCUAAAGAACGCAGGACUAGAGGUGCAGCCGGUGGAGUCGUCUCAGGUGAUAAUGGUUCCCGGGAGACUCGUAAGAGGCAGUUGACCAUGUAUGAGGAAGACGACGUGGACGACGAGGAAGAAGAAGAGGAGGAAGAAGAGGCCCUGGAUGAAUACUUGGAUGAGCCACCAAAGAAGAAGGUUUCUGUGAAGCUUCGUAUACCAAGAAGAAGUGCUGGCUCAGCAAGAGAAGACGUUUCUGAAUCACCAUACGAAGAAGAAUUCGACUAUGCACCAGACGCUACUCCGGAUGUUCUGAAGCUCACAGAGAGACAAAGAGCCCGUUUGGCGGAAGAGGAGAAUGGUAAAAAGUCUGAUGACACAAUGUUCCAAGAGAUGGAUGAACAGCUUCUUGCGCUUAACCGUAAGACCCAAAAGAAGGAGGAGACUGCCGAAGAGAUUGCCGUGAGGAAAGCCGAGAACGCCAGGCGUAGAGCAGAUUACAAGGUCAAGCAGCUUGAAGAAGAAAAGAGAGAUACAUUGAACAAGCUUCUUAAGAGAAGAGCGGUGAAGACGCGAGACAAGGAUGAGGAUGAUUUGGACCUGAAACAGACGACAUUGAAACCAAGAAGGCCAAACUUGAACCAUCCAGCAUUAAUCAGGUGGGUUUGUAAACCAGAAAGCUCGGUUCUUGGCUUGAAUGAGUGA